GGCUGCCUGUAUACCGCCAACUUGCGCUGCUGUAACUUUGCCAUCAGUUCAUGGACCAGCAACUGACAUGCAUCUGAACCAGCAGACCCUCAAAGUAAUCUCAGUAUUCGUGCCCGUUGGGUAACUUCUUGGACAACCGUCUAUCAUCAGCCAGUCAGCAUAGCUUGAGAGUCCGCAUAAUAUCAUUCAUCAUAACCAUGGCGUCAACUACAACCACCAAGACGGUCAAGGAAGAGCAGCCGGUGCAGUCCAAGCCGAGAACCCUGGCGGACAUGGCAGACAGCAUCGACCAAGCCACAUUCGAACAGAUCCUUGAGAUGGAUGACGAGGACGAGCACGAAUUCAGUCAGGGUAUCGUGUACGGCUUCUUUGACCAGGCCGAGUCCACCUUUGAUAAAAUGGAGAAAGCCCUCGAAGACAAGAAGCUCAGCGAGCUCUCGUCGCUGGGCCACUUUUUGAAAGGCUCGUCGGCUACUAUCGGGCUCACCAAGGUCAAGGAUGCCUGCGAGAAAAUCCAGCACUACGGAGCAGGCAAGGAUGAAUCGGGAACCAACGACGAGCCAGAUGAGAAGGUGUCACUGGAGAAGAUUGAAAAAACGCUGGCGACUGCUAAGAAGGAUUACAAAGAGGUAGAGAAUUUCUUCCGGCGGGAAUACUAUCGUGAUGAGGAGACACCCUCGUCCCCUGAAGAAUCCAAAAAAGACGCCAAAGCAUAAGAUACCUUUUUUGGAGGAUUUGGAUGGACGAGGUAGAAGGAAGCCGUUACUACUGUCUUGUUAACUGGAUAUACCACGAGAGGGGUGGCAGUGGACAGCGCCACGCCACGCCCUCCCUCUUCCCAUACACAACGCUCGCGUACUCCAUUUCAACCUGAUCAAUGAAAUCGAUAUUCUUUCACACAAGGUACGACAAAAUUCGACUUGGAGGACCUACACUCCAGCUGUCCAGGCACGGGACAGUGCGUUCGAGUGUUUCGCUCCGUUAGAGUAUUAUAUGAACCCAAGGCGUUGCCAUGAUGUUUGUGGUAGAUGUUAGGCCUGUGCUUUAUGAACGAUGAUAUAUCUCAUGCACACUGCCUUGUGGCAGGCUGGUAAGC